CGGAACGAGGCGGGCUUCGAGGAUGACUUUGCGGUGGAUGCGGACACCCCCGCGGCGGGGGGCGCGCUGGACCCCAUGACCAUGGCGUUCAUGUCCGGGCACGACUUCGACCUCGGCGGGGGUAACGCACCGUCCAUGCAGCAUUCGCACCACCAGCAGAAGAAGUCGCACAAGAAGAAGGCGCCGGUGCCGCCCCAGCCGGGCGAGAGGGUGGCGGCGAACAUCGGCGAGGUGUCUGGCGAUCCCGGGGCUCAGGAGUGGAUCGUCGCGGUGGUGGUGGCGCACAAGCCGGAGGAGGGCGCCUACGAGGUGAUGGACGCGGACGAGGAGAGCGACGACGGCAGCGGGCAGGUGUACCACAUACCGGAGGACCUGGUCAUCGCCAUGCCCCGGUCGGCGCUGUGUCGCGAGGGCCAAAACUUCCACCCGGGCACCGUCGUGCUCGCGGUGUAUCCCAUGACGACCACGUUCUACCGCGCGGUCGUGGUGCAGAGCGCGAGGAAGCUGGGCAGCGAGUACGGGGACUUUCUCCUGGAGUUUGAGGACGACGGGGACGCGGACGGGCUGCCGCAGAGGCCGGUGCCGUACAUGCACGUGGUCAAGCACCCGCAGUAUAGGUAGUAACUCUUCGGCGUUUAGUGGCUCUUAUCGUGUAACUCUUAUCG